UUCAUCCAAGUGAGUGUCAAAACUACAAGUCAAAAAUAAACUAGUCUAGUAGUGGGAUUGGUGGGUCUAGAAAUUUAUAUUUUAGAACCAUGGGCUCUGCUGAGUAUCAACCACUGCUACUUGGUCUGGACUCACAUUCUCGGAUUCCUGAUCUGUCAUCGAUUGCAAUUGAAGAAUUCUUGGAACACAGACCAGUGGCAGUUCGAUGGUGGCCUCGUUUAGUGGGUUGGGAGUCAAGGCUCCUUUGGCUUCUAUCAGGAGCUUCUAUUGUUGUUUCCAUAUUCAAUUACAUGCUAAGUUUUGUGACACUCAUGUUCACUGGCCAUUUGGGUUCUUUGGAGCUUGCUGGUGCCUCUAUAGCUAGUGUUGGAAUUCAAGGUCUUGCUUAUGGGAUAAUGUUGGGCAUGGCCAGUGCGGUCCAAACUGUGUGUGGACAAGCAUACGGGGCGAAGAAGCUCGCGGCAAUGGGUAUCAUAUGUCAAAAGGCAAUAAUUUUGCACUUGGGAGCAGCUGUUCUGCUCACCUUCAUCUAUUGGUUCUCAGGACCACUCUUGGUAGCCAUGGGGCAGUCAGCGAGCAUAGCUGAGGAAGGUGAAGUUUUUGCACGAGGUUUGAUACCACAACUUUAUGCAUUUGCAAUAAGCUGCCCAAUGCAGAGGUUCCUCCAAGCACAGAACAUUGUAAAUCCUCUGGCUUAUAUGUCUGUUGGGGUAUUCAUCUUGCACUGUAUACUAUCAUGGUUAGCAGUUUAUGUUUUGGACUAUGGCCUUCUGGGAGCUGCUUUGACACUAAGCCUCUCUUGGUGGAUUCUUGUCUUGGUAAAUGGGCUUUACAUUCUUUUAAGCCCUUCUUGCAAGGAAACUUGGACUGGCUUCUCUACAAAAGCCUUUAAAGGACUUUGGCCUUAUUUCAAGCUCACUCUAGCUUCUGCAGUCAUGUUGUGGCAGGGUUCGAACCCAGGUCCAGUCGAUGAGAAGAGACUAUAUUAUUUGGAGAUAUGGUACAACCAAGGAUUAGUGCUUAUAUCAGGGCUCCUCCCUAACCCUACAAUCGCACUAGAUUCCAUAUCUAUUUGCAUGAAUUAUUUGAAUUGGGACAUGCAAUUUAUGUUGGGGCUAAGCGCAGCAGCCAGUGUUCGGGUGAGUAAUGAGCUUGGGGCAGGACAUCCAAGGGUAGCAAAAUUUUCAGUACUAGUAGUGAAUGGAAGCAGCAUCAUCAUUAGUAUAAUUUUCAGUGCUAUUGUUUUGAUAUUCCGGGUUGAGUUAAGCCAGCUUUUCACAAGUGACACUGAAGUUAUUGACGCAGUGUCCAGCUUGACUCCAUUGCUGGCAAUUUCUGUUUUCUUAAAUGGCAUUCAACCUAUACUCUCAGGAGUGGCAAUUGGGAGUGGAUGGCAAGGUGUGGUGGCUUAUGUUAACCUGGCCACUUACUAUGUAAUUGGUCUUCCAAUUGGAUGUGUUCUUGGCUUCAAAACUGGUCUAGGAGUAGCAGGGAUUUGGUGGGGGAUGAUUAUUGGGGUUCUUUUGCAAACGGCAACUCUAAUUAUUCUUACAGCCAGAACAAAUUGGACUGCUGAGGUUCAAAAAGCUGCUGACCGGUUGAAGAAAUCUGCAGAAGAAGAUACAUUGGAUUUGGUAGCUGCCAUAUAAUAUAAGCAUGUAUAUCUUGAUCAACAAUUUAGGUUGUGAAAUUUGUGUGUUUUCUAUAGAGCGUCAGCGUAUGGCUAAUGAAGAUUUAGAGGCUUGUUUGGAUAUGUUUUUCAGAGAAUACCUAUUCUUUUUUAGUUUUAGACAAAUGUGUUCGGAAACUUGUGAUCGAAAAACAAAUAUUUUGGUAACAAAAUCUGAAAAUGUAUUUGAAUGAAUUACCUAAAUUAAUCUAGGAAACUUUAAAGCUGUUUA